AUGGGUAACUGCUUCUCAUCGAGUCAGCGGCGCUGUGGGAUCUGUUACUUUGAGUUGGACGAAGAAUGCGCUGCUUUGGUCGAGCCGUCUGUUCACAGAAGCUACACUUGGCGCAAGGACUCUCACAUUCACGAUGAGGAACGAACAGAGUCUCCAGACGAGCAAUUACCCUUUCCUUUACCCGAGGCCUGGAGAGAAUUCCUCCGGAUUGAAAUCAAGGCAAAACUCGGCAUAUUCCAGGCAUCUCGGAAACGUGGAUGCCGUGGCUGCGAGUCCAUCAUAAAGGCUGUUGAGUCCGCUUGUGCCGACGACGGGGUGUUUUUGGACAGCAAAUCAUGGGAGGAAGUCGUGCAAAUUACUUGGGUAGUCCCCUCGGGACGCGACAGAGAGUUGAGCAAUCUCAAGAUUGUGCUCACAGCGAACGUCAGCAAGAGAGACGCGCCAGACCGCGGCUCAGAGGAAUACCACCUCUGGACCAUAUUGAUCGAUGUUGACCGGGCUGCCGGUCACGAAAAGGAAGAGAAUUGGCAUCCCUUCGCUUACAAGUCUCCGGUUCCGUUCAACAAUACCGGGUCGGAGACUUCCUUCAAGAGAAUCAGCGAGUGGCUUCACGAGUGCAACUCAAUGCACAAGUCCUGCAUGUCUGGUCCCGCCGCCCAGCUGCCCAAACGGGUGCUUGAGAUGACGCCUGAUUCAGGGAACAACAUCAAGGUUCGCUUGGUUCAAGAUGUGGGCGGGCAAGAGAGAUACGCCUGUCUGAGCCAUCGAUGGGGAGCGUCGACACAUCUCUGUCAAACGACUGUAGACAGUCUCCCAUCUCAUCUACACGAGAUUCCUUGGAGCCUAUUACCAAAGACCUUUCAAGAUGCCGCCAAAGUCGCCGUGUGGCUUGGUAUAAAGUAUCUCUGGAUCGACUCCCUGUGCAUCAUCCAAGAUAGCGCCGAGGACUGGAAAGAACAGGCAGCGCAGAUGUGCGAGAUCUACACCGGCGGUUACGUGACCUUUGCAGCGGCAUGGUCUGCAGACAGCGAUGUCGGUCUGUUCCGUGAAAGUCCAUCAUUCACCGUGGAAUGCCCUGCGCAUGUCAAGCAACAAGUGGCGUCGUAUCUUAUUCGAAGGGUCCCUGAGCACAUAACCUGGGACGUUGCCGGUGUCCUGAAGAUGACCCCGGAGCUUCCCCUCUUGAGCAGAGCUUGGGUCUACCAAGAACGUCUUCUUUCUCCACGCAUCGUCUAUUUCACGAGAUAUGAGGUGGCGUUUGAAUGCGCAAGGGGCAGCCGUGAAAGAAUAUGCGAGUGUGAGCAUCUCCCGGGAGGCAUCUGGGGAGGUGGCAGCAAUGGCGCGGGUGGUGGCCUAGGCGAAUAUACAGAAUUCCGCAAGCUGUACCAUUCUGAAGGCCUUGCAGCGUCAAAUCUUGCCGCGAUCAGGAAGCACUGGCACCAGAUUGUGGCGGAAUACUCUGGGCUGCGCAUCUCGUUUACAUCAGACCGGCUUCCUGCUCUCGCGGGCGUUGCAAGGCAGUACGGGACAGCGCACUCUGCCGAUCUGGGACGAUACGUUGCCGGCAUGUGGGAGAAUUGCUUCCCUUCUGAGCUUCUAUGGUAUCGUGCCACGCAAAACGUCCAUGACCGUCCUGAUUCCUAUUGCGGCCCUACGUGGUCUUGGAUUUCGAUGGGGAACAUUGCUGCUUACGCGACGGGCUGCCCGAGAACGUAUCCAGACGAUCUAAAGGUUCUCAGCAUCGACUUCAAGCUGAAUGGCCUAGACAAGUAUGCGUCUAUAUCCGAUGCGGUCAUGGAGGUUCGAGGCUACCUCGCUCCGGGGACGUUGGUAGAGGUGCACAAUCCUCUGUGGAAUACAAAAAGCAUACGCUUCGAAGGCGUGGCUGGAAACUCUCUGACAUUUCACUACGACUAUCCUCUGGAUAAGCCGGGUCCAAAGCAUAUCCCUUUCGGAACCCAGAUCUGGUGUAUGAAGACUGGCUUUGUGUGGGGAGGGAAGCAUAUAUGCAUGUUGCUGCAUCAGACAAACUUUGUAGAGGAUACAUACGAGCGAAUUGGUCUUGCUACGGAAGUUGGCAGAGCGGAUCUUGACAGCUGGUUUGUUGACUCCAAAGGCAAGAGGCCCAUAAGAAUUGUAUAG